AUGACAGAGCAAGAAACCAAGAAGAUUACCAAUGCUGAAGAAUUACAAUACUUAGAGUUAUGCAAGCGCAUUAUCGAAGAAGGUGAAUUUAGACCAGAUAGAACGGGUACAGGUACUUACAGUUUGUUUGCACCACCACAAUUACGUUUUAAUCUGAAUAACAGCAGAUUUCCGCUAUUAACUACUAAGAAAGUUUUUACUAGAGGUAUCAUUUUAGAAUUACUCUGGUUCAUUUCUGGUUGUACAGAUGGUAAAAAAUUAAGUGAGCAAGGUGUCAAAAUCUGGGAAGGUAAUGGUUCCAGGGAGUAUCUUGAUGGUUUAGGCUUGACUGAUAGAAGAGAGGGUGAUUUGGGUCCUGUUUAUGGGUUUCAAUGGAGACAUUUUGGAGCGAAAUACAAGACUUGUGAUGAUGACUAUACUGGCCAAGGUGUCGACCAAUUACAAGAUUUAAUCCAUAAGUUAAAGACGAAUCCAUACGACAGACGACUUAUAAUGAGUGCAUGGAAUCCACCAGAUUUUCCAUUGAUGGCAUUACCACCUUGUCAUGUCUUUUCCCAGUUCUAUGUCAGCUUUCCUAAAGAUGGCAAGCCAAAGUUAUCCUGCCAGCUAUAUCAAAGAUCCUGUGAUAUGGGCCUAGGUGUUCCCUUUAAUAUAGCAUCAUACGCAUUACUAACCAUCAUGAUAGCGCAUGUGUGUGAUAUGGAACCCGGUGAGUUCGUUCACGUUAUGGGAGAUGCACAUGUAUACAGGGAUCAUGUCGACGCGUUGAAAGAACAGAUCUCUAGAGAACCAAGAGAUUUUCCAAAACUCAGAAUCAAGAGAAAAGUCGAAAAUAUCGACGAUUUUAAGCUUGAAGACUUUGAGAUCGAAGAUUACCUACCACACGCGAGAAUUCAAAUGAAAAUGAGUGUAUAG